AUGGCAAGAGAAGAUCCUCCAGACGACACAUUAGUAGUGACCUUAGAAUCCAUCGAUUUGGAUUGGCCCAUCCCUCUGAUCAAUUACCUCAAGGACCCUGAUCAGACCACAGACAGAAGGAUCUGUUUCCUUGCCAUCAACUAUUUCCUCAGACAUGAUGAGCUUCGUAGGAGAGUUGAAGAUGGCUUAGAUUUCAGAUGUGUGUAUGGAAGUGAAGCAAAGCCACUCAUGCGGGAAACUCAUUUUGGUAUCUGCGGCUCACAUCAGGCAGGUCCAAAAAUGUUUGGAAUUCCAGAAGUAUUUGUUUUAGACAGGUUGGCAGCCUUCGUGGGUGGAGAAGUUGCUAAACUGGCAAAGGAAUGGGGCAUACAAUUCAUUCAUUCUAGUCCUUAUUAUGCCCAAUCCAACGGCCAGGCAGAAGCUAGCAAUAAGAUCGUCAUCACUCUCCUAAAGAAAAUGCUGGAAGCCAAUUCGCUACAGUGGCACGAAACGCUCUAUGAGACUCUCUGGGCCUACCGCACAUCUAAGCGGAGUCCCACCGCGACAACACCUUAUGCUUUGAUGUUCGGCCAUGAUGCGAUCCUGCCUUUGGAAGUCAACGUCCAGUCAUUACUAGUUCAAGAACAACAUCAUCUCAUCGGAGAGGAUUACGUUCAGGCUAUGUGGCAGGAACACAAAGACCUUAGCACAAAACGCUUGGAGGCUUUAGAUAGCCUGAUUAUGGAGAAGCAGCGAGUCGCUCGUGCUUACGACAAGCGGACGCGGGGGCGGAGUUUUAUCGAGGGAGAGUUGGUGUGGAAAGCAAUUCUCCUGCUAGGCGAAAAGUUACAUGGUCGUAGCAAGUGGACUCCCAGGUGGGAAGGCCCAUACGUUAUUUACAAGAUCUUACAGAAGGGGGCAUUUCAUCUCAAGGAUUUGGAUGGUGAUAUCCAUCACAACCCCAUCAACGACAGAUACUUGAAGAAGUACUUUCCUAGUAUCUGGGAUUUGGAGGAAUCAUAG